AUGAAUAAAGGAGUUGGAGAGGUCCUUGGAGAUGAGACUUUCGAUCGCGAUUCUGAUCUGGAGAGGAUAUUAGAAUCUAAUGAAGAUCUCGAUAAAUAUGAAGUAGAGGGUAUCGACGAUCGGUUAAUCGUUAUAGAAGGCUUAGAGAUCGAUAUAGAUCGGAAUAGGGAUGAUGAAGUUAGCGUGGGGGAGGUGUAG